AAGGUUCACUUAGAAUUCUGUCCAAAUGAAAACGAAAAAACGAAAACGAAAGAAGGAAAGAAUUUUUGAACGACACACGAAAAUAUUGUGGUGAUGAUAGUAACAAGAGCACCAUUCAAGCGUGCCUUUUAUCAUGUCUCCAAACGUUGCUCCAAAUUUUUCGCUUCACAAUGACGCUCGAGAGAGAAUCCCGCACAGUUCGAUCGAACUAAAGAGAAAAGAAAAAAUAUUGCAGUAAUGUAGCGCUGUGCGGAUCGAUUCGACGCAUUUUAAAAUUAAUACCACGGGGAGAAAAUUCCAGUAAAAAUUGCUAUGCUGCCAUGGGAGUGGGGUUCUGUAUCGUAAUAUUUAUUAAUUCUUACGAACAUACACAGUCAUUUUUUGUGAAGCGAGAACUCGAUGAAAAUUCAUGUGCGAUGCCAAAAAAAAUUAUCGUACAAACGCGAAUGAAAUUCUGCUUUGAAUCAUAGUGUAAAUUUCUAAACGCUUUGGAGAAUCAUCGAUGCUCGUGUUCGAGCUCCUCAAAUUUGACUAUGCUCGACGGUGAAAAAAGUUUUCGAUUGUUAAAACAGUACGAACCGUAGCAAAACCGCCUUAAUAAUUGUACUUUGCAACAGUUCGUCAUCUAGUCGACAUAAAUUUUACGACGUUUCCUCGGUGAAUUGCGUAGGAAAAAACAAUAGCACAGUUCAAACCUUCAAAUUACAAUGUUUUUGGUAGAAACCUCCAAAAUGGGCGAUAUAGAACCCCGACGCUGCGGUGUCGUGGUAAUUUUCACAAUUUUUUUCUCUCCGGUUAAAUAUUCAAGCGCGAAAGAAGUUCACGCUGCCAUGUGCAAAUUUUCAAACAUUUCGGCGGUUCGGCGGAACUCGUGUUCGAGCUCUUGGAAUUUUGCUAUGUUCAACUGUGAAAUAAGCAAUUCAGAAAUUUGAAUUUGCAAACGACACGAAAAUUACAACGUUUUUAGUACAAAUUUUAGUAAAAAAAACUCUUGCGACUUUUUUCUUUCCGCGUACAAAACAAAUUCGAGAGUUCCAAGGGCUUCGAGACACAAAAAACAACAACUUGUCAAAGAAGCUUUUGUUCCGGCCGGCUUGAUUGAUUAAAGCACAGAAAAAAGUAUCCGCCGAACGGUCGGCGGCCGUGACGCAAUAAAACGCUGUGUCUGAAGGAGCGCGUUAAUAAAUUAGUCAAAUGCGCAACACGUAGGUAUUAAAAUCAUUUGAAAAAUGCUUGCCAUACGAUGUACGAGUUUGUAAAUACUUGCCAGUAUCAAACGCACUUUUCAAAUAGCUCUAAUCAUCCGGGCUCCAAUAUUGCAUAAUUCAUCGUUGAAAAAUUGCCGUGAAGUUCAUACAAACGAAGAAGCAAAAGAAAAUACUAACGUUAGAGAUGAAAGGAUGUUUCCUUAAGACGAAUUGAACAUCAAAAAGUGCGCGUAUUUCGUCUCGUUGAACAUUCAUCAGUAUUUAUUAAUUUUUUAAAAAUAUUGAAAAAAAUGAUUUUCAAUGAAACUGACGGUUUUUAGUUGGCUUAUUUUUCACCGAGCGUUAUACGUAACGUGCGAGUAACGAAUACAAAUGUUACGCUUCUUCCCAGCACGUCCGAGCGUUUCACGGUAAUUUGUGCGUCAAUGAUUCGGUGUAAAUAUGAAAAAAAAAAAAAAAAAAAAAAUGUUUCAAUAGAGGCUAUUUUCGCGCGUUAAACCGUCAAGUUCGUUGAUCGGUUAAAGGAAAGUUAUACGAUCUUGAACGUAAAAAUGUAAGGCGUUGUUAUAUAUAAACGCCUGGAUGAAAAAUGCUAAUUUUUCGUGUGUGCGCGUGUAUGUGUUUUCUUUAGUUGUCCCCCAACGAAUCGGCGGACCCAACAAUUUGACGAUUCCAUUCCGGCGUUUCUCAUUCGUCAGUCGGUGUACACGCCCGUAACCUUGAACCGUAGAAAUUCAGGGCAAUAUUUCUUCUCUCGAUAUUUCGUUGUAGCGAACAUAAUGAGGGAGAAAAAAUCUUGGUCGGCUUUUUUUUGGUGACGCAGCGCUAAUUCGAGCGAGUAAUUCGAUCGUCGCAAGUGGCUCAUUUAUCUCGACAUACGUUUUCCCUUCGAGUUCGUCGCUUAUAAUUAUUCGACUGAUAUUUGAGUAAAAGCGUUUUUGCGUCGCUUUACCAUUGGCCCUAAAGAUCCCACCCGUAAAUCCUCUAGAACUCAACUACGAACUUUUCUCCUACUCGUAGAUAAUGAAAAAAAACGUUUUUAAAAAAAACAUCUUCGUCUCGAAUACAUGGCGCAGCCUCGUCUCUGUACGGGAAUCGUCACGAUACUUGGAUUUCUUUUUUCUUGCUCUUUCCUAUAACUACGACGCAUGGAUGAGAAGCAGCUUCAGACAUUAGAGAAGCGCUUGUCCGAGCACACGUGGACACUUCGUUUUUUCUAAGACCCCCGACUUCACGAGUUUAAACGUCGCAAUAAGUUUUUCUAAUCAUGCUCCCUUCGAAAACUCUGUUCUUUGCUUUCACUUUCUCCAUCAUUUACUUUACCCAAUCUGCCAACGUUCGUGACAUUACUGUGACUCGAGAGGAUGCAUCGUGUCCGACGCUUGAAACACAUCGAAUUAUUGACAAUUCUAUCAAUAAGAAGGGAACCAUGACGAAGAUUCAAUAUCCUGAAGCUCGCAGAGAUGAAACCGUUAUCGACACCUAUCACGGUUUUGAGGUCAAAGACCCUUAUAGAUGGUUGGAAGAUCCAGAUUCUGAAGAAACUAAAGCAUUUGUUGAUGCUCAAAAUGCAUUAACAAUUCCAUUUCUAUCUGUUUGUCCCGUUCGUAAACAAAUUAACGACAGAUUGACCGAACUUUGGGAUUUCCCCAAAUAUUCAUGUCCAGCAAAACAUGGAGAUAAAUAUUAUUUCUACAAAAAUACCGGGCUCCAAAAUCAAAGUGUGCUGUACGUCCAAGAUACACUGGACAGCGAACCCAAAGUCUUUCUUGACCCCAAUACGCUUUCUGAAGAUGGAUCGGUCGCCAUUUCCAAUAGCAAAUUCAGCGAAGAUGGUAAAAUCUUGGCUUAUGGUCUGUCUAGCAGUGGCUCCGACUGGAGCACUAUUCAUUUUAUAAACACGGAGACAGGUGAGAAGUAUCCUGAAGUAUUGGAAAAAAUUAGAUACUCUUCGAUAAUGUGGACAAAGGACAGUAAAGGCAUUUUUUAUGGCACUUAUCCCGAGCAAAAAGGAGUUACCGAUGGUUCGGAAACUCAAGGAGUUAGAGAUCAAAAACUUCUUUACCAUAUUGUGGGAACUCCACAAUCUGAGGAUGUUUUAGUGGUAGAAUUUCCAGAAGAGCCUUUGUGGAGAAUCGGAGCUCAAGUGACUGAUUGCGGCCAAUGGUUGCUGAUUUUUGCAAUGAAAGAUACUCGCGACAAUUUGGUAUUCCUGACGAAAUUGAGCCCCAAUGGAGAAAUCAAAGGGAAAUUCAAUUUGACGAAAGUCGUUGACAAACUCGAAGCGGACUACGAAAAUCAAAUAUUUCAGUACGUGACGAACGAUGGGCCAAAUGCAAUUUUCCGUACGAACAAAAAUGCACCGAAUUUCCGACUGAUUAGGAUAAAUCUUGAGGAUCAUGCGGAAGACAAAUGGACUGUUUUAUUGCCUGAACAUCCCGACAACGUUCUCGAUUGGGUGGAAGCUGUGGAUGGUGAUAAAUUCGUCGCUUGUUACAUCAAAGACGUCAAAGAUGUUCUCCAACUGCACAGUCUGAAGACUGGAGAACUUAUAAGAACUUUCCCGCUCGAUGUCGGCACAAUUGCUGGAUUUUCUGGGGACAAAAAAUAUUCAGAAAUAUUUUACAAGUUCACCUCGUUCCUAACCCCCGGAAUAAUUUACACCAUGGAUUUGGCGAAAGAUCAAGAACCUAAGAUUUAUCGAGAAAUCAAAGUCGACAACUUUGAUCCCAAAGCUUACAAAACAACGCAAGUUUUCUAUCCAAGCAAAGAUGGAACACGUAUUCCUAUGUUCAUCGUCACGAGAGCGGAUGCAGUUUUGGAUCGAUCGAUGCCAGCUCUUUUGUACGGAUAUGGUGGUUUCAACAUCAGUAUACAACCAUACUUCAGUGUAACGAGACUCGUAUUCAUUCAGCAUUUCAACGGCGUUUUAGCUAUCGCUAAUAUCCGUGGAGGAGGCGAAUAUGGAGAACGAUGGCACAACGGGGGCAGAUUUUCAAACAAGCAAAACGUGUUCGACGAUUUCCAGUAUGCCGCCGAAUAUUUAAUCGAGAAUAAUUACACUACUCCGUCAAAAUUGACUAUUCAGGGUGGCAGCAAUGGGGGAUUAUUAGUCGCCGCGUGUAUCAAUCAACGACCAGAUUUAUUCGGUGCUGCAAUCGCACAAGUUGGAGUGAUGGAUAUGUUGAGAUACCACAAAUUUACAAUUGGAUAUUCGUGGGUCUCCGAUUAUGGAAGUUCCGACGAUGCUAAACACUUCGAGAACUUAUUGAAAUAUUCGCCACUUCACAACGUUAAACCACCACCCAACGGUGUUCAAUUCCCAGCUACACUUUUACUCACUGCCGAUCACGACGAUCGCGUCGUGCCGCUUCACAGCCUUAAACUUAUCGCAACGCUGCAGCAUCAUAUCGGCAAACUGCCUAAUCAAAACAACCCGAUUUUGGCAAGAAUUGAAACAAAAGCAGGCCACGGAGGUGGAAAGCCGACUGCCAAAGUUAUCGAAGAAAACACCGAUAUCUUGACGUUCAUUACGCAAACAUUGGGCUUAACGUUCAACAAGUAAGAAGAAGAUAAAAAUUGAAGUGAAGAGAAGAAGAUGGUGAAGAUGUUUGUCGAAGCUUGAAGAUCUCUCACGUCACGGAAACGCGUUGUUCCGUGUCGAUAAGCAAAAAAACGUGUCUCAUAACACGUACCGACUGUUUGGGAACACGGGACGAGCGCGUGAACACAUCGUUUGCGACGGUUGAGAGCUGAGAAGGAAUUACAGCGAGUACGAGGUAGAGAGAAAGAGAGGGAGGUCACGAUGUUUCAAACGAGUGAGGUGAUUGACAUUGUGUAAACAAAAAACAACAGUGCUACAUACUCAUCAUUUCAGAAAAUUUCCACUUUCAUUUUGCGCCGGAGGCAAACAUAGUAUUUCGAAAAUAAUAAUCAUUUUUAUCAAGCUUAUUUUUCCAAUAAUGGAAUAUUUCCAUUAUUCGUGACGCCAUGAAACGAGUGCUUUCUCUGUAAUUCAGCAUUUCUAUGUAUGAUUGUAUUGAAAAAUUUCUAAUAUCAAGUUGAGAAAAAAACAUGAAAUUUUCCAUUGUUUACCGUUAAAAUAAUACUUUUUUGUAAGUCCAUAUUUCCAAUUACAAUUGUAUUGAGAGAGAGAGAGAGAGA